AUGGAUUCUAGACAACUCGAUAAUAUUAGUAUCAAUAAACAAUCUUUUGAAUCCUAUGAUAAUUUUCAAAUUCAUGAAUUGAUGUUACGCGACCGUCCACGUGUUACAGCUUAUUAUGAUGCUAUUAUGAAUAAUAAACAUCUCUUUGAAAAUAAGGUUGUUCUUGAUGUCGGUUGUGGAUCAGCAAUAUUAAGCAUGUUUGCUGCUAAAGCCGGUGCUAAACUUGUGUAUGCCGUUGAUGCUUGCCCGAAAAUAUGUAACCUAGCUGUAGAAUUAAUUAAACGUAACCAUUUACAAGAAACAAUUCAAGUAAUUAAUAAGCCAAUUGAAGAUAUUGACAAAUUUGAUGAAGACAUCAAUAUUAUUAUUAGUGAAUGGAUGGGUUUUUAUUUGUUUCAUGAAAGUACGCUUGAAUCAGUUAUUUAUGCUCGUGAUCAUUUUCUUAAUUUACCCUCUCGAAAUGAUGAUAUAACACCUGAUCAAAAUGAAUCAAUUGUCAUUUUCCCUUCACAUGCUUAUUUGUAUUGUGCUCCAUUUGUUGACCAACAUAUACGUAUUGAAGCUAGCACAAUGUGGAAAGAUUAUUUUGAUCUUAAUAUGUCGCCAAUUCUACCAUAUUUGAAAAAUUCUAAUCUUAGAGAAUGUUACAUUGAAACAAUUGAACCAUUUCAAAUUGUUCAUGAUGCUCAAUUGAUACAAUCAAUUGAUCUUCGAACAAUACGAAUAGAUGAUCUGCAAACGAUGCGUUCAGUUUGUGAAUUUGAUAUGGAUAAUCCCUGUAUUAUAUCAGGUUUUUGUUUUUGGUUCGAUUGUUAUUUUUCUUCAAACAAUAAUUCAUCUAUAUUACGAUCAAUUCGUUUAACAACAAGUCCAUAUUCACCAAAAACUCAUUGGAAACAAACACUUAUUUUUCUACCAGAAGAUAUUUAUCCAUUAAAAGGUGAUACUGUACCGGUGGAUAUUAAAUUAAAAAAGUCCUUAGACAAUCGGCAGCAAUAUAAUUUAUCAGUAGUUAUUAAAAAAAUUAAAGUAGGAUUAUUGAAUAGUAAUGCUAUUGAAGAUGAAAAUUCAAACAAUGAAUCAAAUGUAAAAAGAAGACAACGACGACGUUCAUCAACAAUUUCAUCAGAUAAACGAACUGUUAAUGUGAAUACAUUGUUCUAUGCGCAACGUGAUAGUACAAGUAGUAAUAGUGAUGAUGAUAUCAAUUCAAAUGAGCAUUCUAUUCCAUGUUCAUGUGUUCGUGAUAGAUGCAAAUUAAUUAAAAUAAUUUUUGAAAAAUACCAUGAAGAAAAUACUGUUCAAUGA